AUGACUGACAAUCGACCUGGUAGAAACCUCCGUUUGAGCUUUGCUCCCAUUCGCAUCCCCCCUCCAUUCACCAUGCCUCGAUCGGCGUCCUCCCACGUCUCCUCUCAGACUGUCGAUGAAGAAGAUGAGGAGGAUGAUAAUAUCAUAUCUCAACAAGCUGGCUACAUAACACCCACUUCGCCUGCAGCUGCUCGCCGUCUCCAUUCUGCUAGGACGUCUGAGCUGGACCUUCGAAGACGCAUGCCUUCUAAACGACAUUCAUAUGACGAACACUCGAGCCUGCUGGCAUCUGGGGAUGGCAACAUGAGGAGUUACACGGCGCCCAACACCGGGCGGCCGCGCUUCUCAAGACGGUCGAGUCAAGGCAGCCUCGGAAUGUCUAAGAAUCACAGCAGAGCCAGCUCAUGGGGUUUCCACCUAGCAAGCGCACUUGGCUCAGGGCGAAAGUUCACGGAAAAUGGCAUGGGCGAGUCCAAAGCCUCAAUAUUCAUGGACGAGCGAGUGUGGUACGAUCAGUUUACGUCGACGGAUUGGGUGCACGACAGCAUCGCUGAUGCCUUCCGAGUACGUGAUCUUCGAGCACGGAAGGACCUACGAGGACGCAUAUUCGCGUGGUUUGACGGAGCCCAAGGCUGGAUACUUGUGGCUAUAAUUGGAUGUAUAACCGCGUGCGUAGCGUUUUUCGUCAACAUUUCAGAGACUUCUAUUUUCGAUUAUAAGGACGGCUAUUGCAAAGAGGGCUGGUACUUCAGCAAGAGGAAGUGUUGUUACGGGCUGAAUCACUGUCCCUCCUGGGAAAGCUGGGGAGAACGUAUGAGUAUCACUGGCAUCGAGAGGAUGUGGAUCGAUUUCAUAGCCUACGUUUUCUUCGUGGUAUUCUUCGCUGUCGGCGCCUGCUUCUUGACCUUGAUCACUAAGACCGAGAUACCAUCAGCAUUCUCACUCUCCACCCUGGACGAAAACUUGGGCGCCGACAAGCAGAAGCACCGUGGAGAAUCCGACGAUAUGAGCCAGAAAAUCAGUUUAAGUCCCACGGGGCCCGCAGUUGUUGAUGAAAAGCCUGGAACCAUGGUCUACUACCCUGCUGCAGGAAGCGGUGUUGCUGAAGUGAAAGUUAUUCUCAGUGGCUUCGUCGUGCACGGUUACCUGGGGCUUCGAACACUUGUUGUGAAGACUUUCGCCCUCAUCCUCAGUGUCGCAUCUGGCCUUAGUAUCGGCAAGGAAGGUCCUUAUGUUCAUAUCGCGACUUGCGUAGGAAAUAUUGCUUGCAGAUUAUUCUCAAAGUACAACCACAAUGAUGGCAAGCGGCGAGAGAUUCUUAGCGCCAGUGCCGCCAGCGGUGUCGGUGUCGCGUUUGGGGCCCCCAUUAGCGGUGUUCUUUUCAGUCUCGAGGAGGUUAGCUAUUACUUUCCGCCCAAGACGUUGUUCAGGACCUUCUUUUGCUGCAUCGUAGCAGCUCUUUCGCUCAAAUUCCUCAAUCCUUACGGCACUGGGAAGAUAGUCAUCUUUGAAGUACGCUACGUUACUGACUGGAGGUCCUUCGAAAUGUUUGUCUUUAUACUGCUUGGUAUUCUAGGUGGUGCACUUGGUGCACUGUUCAUCAAAGCAUGCAGACUAUGGGCCCGUACCUUUCGACGCAUCCCCAGCAUCAAACGGUGGCCGGUCCUUGAAGUUGUACUCGUGGCGUUAGUCACUGGUCUAGCCAGCUUUUGGAAUCGCUACACCAAGCUCGCAGUCACAGAACUUCUCUUCGAACUGGCCAGCCCUUGCAAAGAUAACACAUCUGGCCUCUGCCCUCAGCAUGGAAGCGAGAUUCUCGGCAUUGUUGGAUACCUUUGCAUUGCCUUCGUCAUCAAAAGCAUCCUGACUAUUAUCACUUUCGGCAUCAAGGUUCCUGCCGGGAUAUACGUUCCUUCCAUGGUUGUUGGUGGUCUAAUGGGACGCAUUGUGGGCCACCUUGUCCAAUACCUCGUCUUUUUGCACCCCGAUCAUCCAAUCUUCGGUAGCUGCCCUAAAGGCGGAGAUCUGGAAGGCUGCAUCACCCCCGGCGUCUACGCAUUGGUUGCCGCAGGUGCAACCAUGUGCGGCGUAACCAGACUAUCCGUCACCCUUGCCGUCAUCCUCUUCGAGCUCACCGGAAGCCUAGACCACGUGCUCCCCUUCUCCCUCUCAGUCUUAGUAGCCAAAUGGACCGCCGACGCCCUCGAACCUCUCAGCAUCUACGACCUUCUCACAGACAUGAACUCUUACCCCUUGCUCGACAACAAAAUCCGCCCGAUCUUCACCUCAGAUCUCGGAGACAUCACCCCAAAAGUCCGCUCCCAUCGCGUCAUCGACAUCUCCAACUCCCCCCUUGUCUCUGCUCAAGCUCUCCGCCGCAAACUCGAGUAUCUCCACGACGCCGGCGAAAUCGACGGCGGGCUCCCUGUCAUUCGUCAUGACAUCCUUGUGGGCCUCAUACCUGCCCCGGAUCUCCAAUUCGCGCUCGACAACCUCGAAGACGAAGAGCAGUCGUUGUGCUUGAUGGCCACCAACGUAACAUGGCAUGGAAACGUCGAGGAAGAAGAAGAGCGAGAACCGGAUCCUACCGAUUUCACGCCCUAUAUCGAUCCGGCGCCUGUGGCAUUGGACAUCCAUUCGCCAAUGGAUCUUGUUUUUCAGUGCUUUGUCAAGUUGGGAUUGAGGUAUAUUUGUGUGCUGAGGGAUGGGCAGUAUGCAGGGUUGGUGCAUAAGAAGGCAUUUGUGAAGUAUGUCAAAGAGUUGGAGGAGGCUGGGUCGACGGAUCCUUCGUGA